AUGGAAAGCGGAUAUACAUCGGCACCCGAGAGGGGCGCCAGACGGCGGAAGCUCGCAGGAUACCUCAAGGCUGCCAACGAGCUUCGACAAUCCUAUCAGCAAUCCUACGGAUUGGGAUCGCAAAGAGAUGGGAGUGCAGACGAGGACCGCAACUCUAUACCUGGAGCCUUUCCAGACGCUACGGUUUCUCGGAAUGGAGACGAGGAGAUGCUGCUCUUCCCAAGCUACACGGUACGGCACUCUGUACGCAAAGGUCAACAGCGUGAUGUUCCUGGGGCUACUCAGGAUAUCCGCAGCAACAAGGGAACCGGAGACGCAGAGUAUUGGCAGAGGCAGUGGGAGAAAUACGAAGACCAAAAUGCUGUGGUAGAUGUGGAUGUCAGAGGAUGGGUCUACGCUCCUCACCGAGGGCAGAUGACUAGAAAGAACAGGCUUUUGGUGGGUAUUGCACGGCAGCUCAGUGGAAUACCUGCUCCUUCAAGCAGCAGAGCGUCGAGUCCAAACUCUUCCCAUCAUGCUAGGGUGGAGGCUCGGAAAGCUAGGCAAGAGGAGGAAAUGGCGGAGAAGGAAGCUGAAUCGAUAACCCGGAAAGGCCAAGGGGAGGCAGAUAUCGCGUGGCGUGGUGGAUAUAGUGAAGCACCAGGUCGUGAUGAGGACGAUACCAAAGAGUCCAGUAAAUCUAGCUCGCCCGAUCAUAGCCGGCCAGCUUCACCAGAACAGCGAAAUACCCGAGCCAGUGAAAUGGCUCGUCCUAUCUCCAACAGCUCUCUACGUGGCGAACAGUACGAUUCUGGAACCAAGACCUUUUCCAAUCGAACAUCCUGGAGUCACCCGUCAGAGAUGACCUCUGCCGAGCUUAACGCUGCCAACGCACACAUGAUGGUCAGACUAAAGCCCUUUCUGAGUACCCCCUUGGUCAGCACAACCCUUACCGUCUUCUUCUACAACGACUCGAAUUCAAGGUCUCAUACGAUUACGACUAAUGAGGCUGGACACUUUUCGCUGCGCGCUGCUUUGGACUUUGUUCCUACCAACGUGCGAGUCCUCGCCUCGGACAAGCUGUCAGCCACCGAAGAAGUCCACAUUUCAGAGCCUACUGGUAUUAGCAUGAUAAGCGAUAUCGAUGAUACCAUCAAACACUCUGGAAUUGGCAAUGGAGCUAGGGAGAUCUUUCGAAACGCUUUCAUCCGAGAUCUCAAAGAUCUUACGAUCGAUGGAGUUAAGGAAUGGUAUUCCACACUGGCCGACCUUGAUGUGAAAUUCCACUACGUGUCGAACUCCCCGUGGCAGCUCUAUCCUGUCUUGGUGAGCUACUUCGCUCAGGCUGGAUUGCCGAAAGGCUCCUUCCAUUUGAAGCAAUAUACUGGUAUGCUUCAAGGCAUCUUUGAGCCUGUUGCCGAGCGCAAGAAAGGCACCCUAGAGAGGAUCCUGUCAGACUUCCCGGAAAGGCGCUUCAUUCUUGCAGGAGACAGCGGAGAGGCAGAUCUUGAGCUAUAUACAGAUAUUGUGCUAGCAAACCCAGGCAGGGUACUGGGCGUCUUCAUUCGGGAUGUCACCACUAGCAAGCCUCCGGCCUUUUUCGAUUCCUCGAUGAAGUCAAUGAGAUCACGUGGAUCUCAAUCACCUUUGCGAGGUAGAAGCAAAGACGAUAGCGGCAUUCCACUCAAAAAACAGUCGGGCGAGAAGCCGCCUGCGCUGCCACCGAGACAGGCAAGUCAUUCAACAAACACCCACUCAUCAGAAAACAGCGGCGGACCUAUCAUGGGUACACUGAUUGAUUUUGACGACGAACCGACCCCAGGAAUUCAUCACUCAAUGACCGACCCCGCAGUAUCAGAAGCAGAGAGGAAGCUGUCAACAACCUCCAAUAAAUCGCUUCCACCGUCCCGUCCCUCAAAGCCAAAAGCACUACGCUCAACGUCAGGCGCAGAACAGCCAUCAUCCUCCACUCCACCUCCACAGUCCGUACCCCGAAAACCAGCACCACCACCACCAAACCCAAAACCCCGCCAAUAUUCCAACCCCCAAGAAAAUCCCAGUCAACCAAACGAGCCCUCACCUCUUUCCCAGACGCAAAAUGUCUCCCCUCCAGGCAGCAGAGCCUCUUCUCUCGAACGCCAAUCCUACCGCUCCGCCGUUCGCAACAAAGUCACCUCCGCCUACAACGCCCUCCCCUCCCUCUACAGCACCUCCCCCUACGCCCAACAACCACCCACCUCCGACCCAGCAAAACCACAGUCUAGCUCCCGCCCGCCCCCUCCAGUCCCUCCCCGCAGAAACUUAACCAGCUAUCCUGCAGCCGCAGCCCACUACGCCACUAACCGCCUCAGCGGUGGCUGGAGCGGGUACAGUAAUGAUGGUAGUAGUGGCGGUGGCGGUGGGAGCUCGGAUGACGCGAAUGGGAAUGAGCAGGUGUUGAGCAAGAAAGAGGAAAUGUGGAUGAGGAGGUGGGCGAGGGCGAAGGAGAUUUUUGACGAGAAGGGCGUUGUGUUGAGGGCGUGGAGGGUUGGUGAGGACGUAGCGGACGAGGCUGUCAGGCUGGUUGAGGGGGCGAGGAAGAAGAUGGAGAAGCGGGGGUGA